AUGGCUACCAUCACAGAGACAUAUCCCACAACUGUCUCCACCAAAGCGGUUGACCUGACCAAAUUUCCCGAUGGUAUUAAAACUUCAGGUCAACAUCCUCCUGUCUACUCCCAAGUACGCCCUUACUCGGACUUCCCGAAGCACAUUGAAGGGCCUACUGUAUGGAAGGCCGAGGACUACACCCAAGCCCCGGAGAAGUGGACGCAUCAGUUCACCGAUGACGAGAUCCAAGAAAUCAGCGACGCAUCAGAUAAGUUUAUUCAAGACAAAACACCUCUUGAGGGUAUUUCCAAGAGCAACUUCCCUCUCCCUAAGCUUUCAAAGCGACUUGAGGAGCUCCGAAAAGUUUUGAUUGAUGGAACCGGCUUCUGGCUGUUCAAGGGAGUCCCCGUCAAUGAAUGGGACCUCCAAAAGUGUGCCACGGCAUACAUGGGUCUUGGAACCUAUAUUGGGUACUUCACUAGCCAGAAUGGUCGUGGCCAUGUCCUUGGACACGUCAAGGAUCUCGGCGAAGACCCGACCAAGACCGAACGAGUCCGUAUCUACCGCACUAAUGCUCGUCAGUACUUUCACACCGAUGGAUCUGAUAUCGUCGGUCUUCUCUGCAUUGCUAAAUCUAAAAUCGGUGGUGAAUCCGACAUUGCAUCGACACACCAUGUUUUCAACGUUCUUCAAGAAAGACACCCUGAGGUGAUCGAGACCAUGGUCACCCCAAAUUGGUAUUUCGACCGUAAGGGCGAGGUCUCCGAAGGCGAGGAGGAAUGGAUCCGAGGAUCUAUCCUCUACUUAGAGAACGAGCGCGCCGGCGCCAAUCCCCGUAUUUACGCCAAAUUCGAUCCGAACAACCUGACCUCACUGUCACGGUUCAACUCUGGACCGGAUGCCAAAAUUCCCCCUCUGUCCGAUAAGCAAAAGUUUGCUCUAAAGACAUGGGAUGAGACCUGUGCCGAACUAGCUCUUCACAUGGUGCUGUCACCCGGUGAUAUCCAGUUUGUCAGCAACUCUCAUGUCUUCCAUGCGCGCACUGCCUACGAGGACCACCCUCCUGGUGCUGUUGAUGAGAACGGCCGUCUGAUCCGCGCACGCCACUUGAUGAGACUUUGGCUCUCUGCACCUGAGUCUGAAGGUGGUUGGAAGCUUCCUUACCACGACACGCUUGAGAAGAAGCGUGGUGGUAUCCAGGUUAAUGACCAGCCACCUUACUGUCCCUUGGAUGCUGAGUAA